AUGACUUACACCUUCUUUUCUUCUUUCCUACCUCUUACUACUUAUAUAGCCUUUUUUUUUUUUUUUUUUUGGUUUCGCCUUUUUGGUUUCGCCUUUUUCUUUUAUACUUCUGAUGACUGUAUGACUUUAGAUACCUGGGAUGACGGCACGGCCGAUCCACUUUUUUUUAUACUUUGCGAAUGGAUGGAUGGAUGGAUGGGACUUUUUUCUUCUUCUUCUGCUGCUGCUGCUGCAUCUUUGGAAUGGGAACUCUGGCAAUGCCUCUCUUGUGGGCUGUGUGCAACUGUACUGUACGACAAGGCAGUGGACGCUGCGACUAGGUGCGAGUGCGAAAGGAGUGCGCGUGCGAAGUUGGUUGCGUGGUUGGUUGGUAAUACUCUCUACUACUACUACAUAUCUAGCUACUACUAUAACUAUUACUACUACCUAUAUGAGUAUCGAUAAUAAUCACCUGCUACAAAGCAAAUACCACUGCUACCCUCCCAUCCAACCUCUCUCUUGUCAAACGGUCGGGCGGGAUGAGACGCGCAUGACCGACCUUUUUCCUUGUCGCAUGUAUUUGAUAUGUAUGUAUUCAAAUACUCUAGGUAGGUAGGUCCAACGCGGAGCCGUCUCCGCGAAAAGCUGGGACGGCGCGUCAUAUCAGCCCCGUUAGGACCCUCGGACGACGGACAACGUCGGCCCAGCGUCACGACCGCACGGAACGGUCCGUAGCGAGCGAGCGAGCGAGCGAGACCGACCGUCGGUGCGGUGCAGGUGCGGUGCGGGUGCGGCACUGGGCACUGGCGUCGCCUCGGUCGCCUCUGCGGGCUGGUGUGACGGUGCGAGGGGAUGGAUUAUUCAGCU